CGCCAUGGAUAAACAAAACGCACAGAAAGGUGUCAAAAUAGCCGCCGGUGCUGUCGUUUGUGUCGAAAGUGAAAUCAGAGGAGAUGUGACCAUAGGUCCCAGGACAGUGGUCCAUCCUAAAGCUCGAAUCAUUGCAGAAGCAGGGCCCAUUGUCAUCGGAGAAGGCAAUUUGAUUGAAGAGCAGGCACUUAUUAUUAAUGGUCAUCCAGAAAAUAUCACACCAGAUUCAGAAUUUGAACCAAAGACUAUGACCAUCGGCAUCAAUAACGUGUUUGAAGUGGGAUGCACAUCCCAAGCUCUGAAAAUUGGAGACAAUAAUGUAAUAGAAUCAAAAGCUGAAGUUGGUAGAAACGUCAUAUUGACCAGCGGCUGCAUUAUCGGAGCGUUUUGCAGAGUCAACACCUGUGAGGUUAUACCUGAGAAUACAGUUAUUUACGGCUCAGGGUGCAUGAGGAGGGUGCAGACUGAGAGACCACAGCCCCAAACUCUACAACUGGACUUUUUGAUGAAGAUUUUACCAAACUACCACCAUCUGAAGAAGACGAUCAAACCAGGUCACAAUCCCAGCUAG